AUGCAUAGUAAUACUUUGGCUGAAAACUCAUAUAUGCUUCUAUUUUUCGUUGAACCCAACUUCACCUUAACCUCAGCAGAAGAUGAAGAUAUAGAGGUAUUACCUACUCCAGACACCACAAUAGGACUAACCCGGGAACGAAAGAGCAACUUUUUCACUAGAUCAGAGGUAAUUAAAUUGAUUUGUGAUCCAUCACCAUUCUGCAUGAAUGCCACUGACCUGAACUUGAACGAGUUUUUACCUAACGCUGUACCCAGAAGUUCCUGUGAGUUUGUGGUACCGUGGCACGAAACUGCACUAGAAUUGUUUGUUACUUGCUACUGUGAUAGCUCAGAGUUUGCAGCUUUAUGCAACAUUGUAUGGUGA